UCCAUAAGUCAGUAAUUCAUAUCCUAUAUACGUAUAUUUUAUUUUAGUAAAUUUCACAUUACCAUGAGAAUCUUUUAUUUUUUCACCCAAAUUUAUGUUUUCUUCUUUUCAGAUAACUCGUUUGUGUAUAAGAAACCAUCAACUCAGAUACAUGGAAAGCCAGAGAAAUAUCUCAGAAUUUAUUCUUCUGGGACUUUCUGAUGACCAGAACAUACAAAUAUUUUGCUUUGUGCUCUUCUUGUUCUGUUAUGGUGUCCUUAUGGUAGGAAAUCUUCUGAUUUUUAUCUCCAUUCUGUGCAGUCCUCUUUUUCACCCAACAAUGCACUUUUCUCUCAGUCAUUUAUCCUCUAUAGAUAUUUGUUAUACCUCUAGCGUUGUACCCAAACCGAUUGGCAGCCUGUUAGGAGGGUCAAAAACUAUUUCCUAUGGUAAUCGCAUGUUACAAGUCUUUACCAUGCACUGCGUUAGCAGUAUUGAGGUCUUUAUUCUUACCUCCAUGGCUUUUGAUCGCUAUGUUGCCAUCUGUAAACCUCUUCACCACAUGACUAUAAUGAACAGGACAAGGUGCAAUCUCUUAGUCAUGACUGCUUGGACUGGUGGGGCUGUUCAUUCCUUUCCUCAGUUAUCUAUGGCAAUUCAGUUGCCUUUCUGUGGUACUAAUGAAAUUGAUCACUAUUUUUAUGAUAUCUUCCCUUUGCUGAAAGUUGUUUGUACUGAUACCUAUGUUAUGGGUGUCCUCGUGGUUGCCAAUUCAGGUGUGCUUGUCUCAGUUACCUUCGUAGUCUUAUUUGUUUCUUAUGUCAUUAUAUUAUUCACUUUAAAAAAUCAAUCAGCAGAGGGAAGAUGGAAAGUUCUCUCCACUUGUGGUUCUCAUAUCACAGUGGUCAUCUUAUUUUUCGGACCUGCAAUAUUUGGGUACCUUAGACCUCCUACCACUUUCCCUGGGGAUAAAGUAGUUGCACUGUUUUAUACCAUUAUCACUCCUAUGUUCAAUCCCUUAAUUUAUACACUGAGAAACACAGAGAUGAAAAAUAGUAUGAGAAAAAUUUGGUGUCAAACUUUGUUUUUGAAAGAAGUGCAAAAUGACUUUGAAUAUACAAAUUAUCCAAACAACUGUACAAAGGUAAGAACUAGAUAUGAAUAAAAGAGCUAUUUGCUAACUAGUAGACUUCACCAUCUUCUAUGGAAUAUGAGAAAAACAGGAUUUCAAAUUUUGAAGUAAUAAAUAAUUAAAUACUAUUCUUGCAUUUGAAAAAUAUUUGAAAAUUUAAUAGAUUAAAAAGGUGGUAUGGGAGAUUAAUUGCAUAACAAUCAUCUUUGCAAAAGCACAUAAGAUAAUGUUAUAUUGAUCAUUGAAUUAUGAUAUAAUUUUUAAAAGAGAAAGGAAAAAGGCUAUAGUUGGAAUCAGAGAGGUAGAUGGGAAAUUAGAGAGUUAGAGAUUAUGUCACAUAUUAUUACACUGAUACAUUAUGAGAAAAAAAUUUCACUUCAGGGUUAAAGAACUAGUAAUAAAAUACUAUUGCUAUUGUACAACACAUGUGUUGGAAACUUAAUUUUGCUCAGUUUUAUGAUGGUACGAGAAAAGUUACAUGCAUGCAGAUCACGUGCUCCAUAGCAAUUAAUGCUAUACUGAACAAUGAUGCACAGAAGACUUCAAAAAGUUUGUGAAACAAAGUGGGGGAUUGAGGCAUAGUGAGAAGCUUAUUAACAGAAAGUUGCAUGCAGGUAAAUGGAAUGACUUCUAGAGUACUGUAACACUGUUGAGUAACUACAGUUGUAAUGAUUUAGUAUAUAUUUCAAAAUAUCUAACAGAGAGAACUUUCACUAUCUACAUAAAAUAAUGAUAAGUGUUUGAGGUGGUGGAUAUGUUGGUUGCCCUGACUCGUGUAUUGAAAAAAAUAACAGUGUAU